UGGGUGUCAGCCGUUUUGUAAUUUUCUAUAGUGUUUUAUAUUGAAUUAUUCAGUGCUAUCCGCGUGAAUGUGAACUGAAAAUGGUGUAAUAAUUAUGUGAUGUCUUUUUUUAAGUGAUAUUUUGUAUACUUUAUGUAAGAGGCAGUUUCUUCCGCCAUGACAAUGGUUCACUUGGUCAGGAAGUGCUCUGAAACACUUGUGCUUUAUAUAGGCUUCACUGCGAUGUGCUAUAGUCAAGUUUUCGGUCAAGAUGUAGCAGAGAUCCUGGACGUGUCGCUCGUGGGGAACCUUGGCGGAGUCACAAACAUCAGCUGCAGCGUGUCUCCCGCGGAGGCUCAGGUUGAGUGGCUGCACGCGGGGGAACCACUUGUGAUCGGCGAAAGAAUAAAACAAUACACGGAAGAAAGGCUUCUACAAAAGAAGGAUCUCGACGGUAACCAGAAAAAGUACAGAGUGUCGAAUGUGAGCAUCGCCAACUCGAGUUCGAGCGACGAUGGCAACUACACGUGCGCGGUGACGCUCGGCGAGCGGAGGUCGGAGCGAGUGGCGGUACUGGACCUGAGCUUCCCGGGCCGCCUGGUGAGCAGCAGCGCGGGCCCGGUGCGCCACAACGUGUCCGACCAGGCCAACGUCACCAUGGACUGUGUUUUUGAACUAUACAAGCCUGGUGAAGUGAAAUGGUGGAAACGGGCCAAGGAUAACGAGCUUACAGAGCUUGCAUCAAAGCGGCCCAAUAGACUAAGCCUAAAACAGUUCCAGAGCAAAUACGAUCUACACAUACAUAAUCCUGAAGACAACGGCACCUACGUGUGUGAAGUGUUCGAUCCAGUGACGUCAUCAAACAUUACUGGUACCAUCGAUGUAAUGGUGUACGCCCCCCCACAGGUCGUCAUCGACACAGUUAUACCGAUAAGCGCUUCCCAGUUGUUUCUGAACUGGACAAUCAGGUCAUAUAACUCACCGAUUAAAAGUUACAACCUCAUGUAUCGAAAACUACCCUCAACUGAUUUUAGUUUGUACACGCGAGAGAAGAUUGGCACCAAGAAUAUAUCCUUCGUGAUGGAGGGCUUAGAGAAGUCUACCAACUACCAGCUCAAAUUGGAAGUGACAACAAUGCACGGGCAGAGUAAACCUCAUAUCUACGAGUCCACUGUCAGGACCUUGGAUAAAGAUCCUAUCUUUGUGCCGAAUAUAUCCAUCAAUGGAUUCUCAGCUACUUCGGUGACUAUAGGCUGGGCCCCUCCACCGGAAGACAUUGCAGAGCUCAUACACUAUUAUUUGCUAGAAGCGAGGAAGAUGGAAGAGGUGGCACCGAGAAGGGCAUACCAUUCGAGAGACAGCAGAAACUUGCCCUAUAUGUUUGAUAACUUGGAGCCGCACAGCACUUAUGUCUUUCGGGUAUGUUCAUGUUCAGACUUCACCAAGAAAUGUGGUGCGUGGUCGAGCGAGAUGCAGGCGGCGACGUUGGAUGGUACACCUGGGCGGCCCGCCAACGUGAGUGUGACCUGCGCACGCAGCUGGAUCACGCUCACCUGGCAACCACCGCUCAAGCCCAACGCGGAGAUCAAGGGAUACACCAUGGAGCUCACGGGUAACGCGACGUACCGCGACCGCUACGGCACGGUUAAGGAGGCCAUGUGGGGACCGCUCACCAAGUUCAAGACGAACGACUCGCGCACUGUGAGGUUUGAAGACCUCCAGCCCAAUACGAACUACACGGUGCGGCUGAGUGCCAUGACCCGCACGCGGCGCCGCGGCGAGGAGGAGACACGCUACUGCAGUACCGAGCCCGCACCGCCUGACGCACCGCCGCGACCCCGCUGGCGGAAGAUAGUGGAGAAUGAUCGAUACAUGUUCACAAUGCAUCUGCCAAGAAUAUCGGAGAGAAAUGGACCAAUAUGUUGCUACAGGGUGUACAUGGUGAGGCUGUUGGGCCAGGAGUGGGCUUCACUUCCCGCGCCGCGCCUCAUGCCGGUGCUGCAGUACGAAGAGGCUCACUCCGUCCGUCCGACGUUGGCCGCCUACGUCACCGACUUGUUCUCCAACGAUAGGUUCCCACCGGACUCCGAGAUAAUACUCGGCGACGGCAAGUCUGUAUUCGACGAAGAGGACCCGGGCGUGAACCGCGCGGGCUGCCGCCGCUGUCUUCGGAAGCCGCGCCGGUUCGAGGACGCGCCCGCCGUCAUCGCCAAGGUCACCACGCUGCCGUCCACCACGGUGGACGAGCUGUUCGAGGAGGAGGUGGAUUCCACUGACGACCCUGACGUCGACGAGAGGAGGGAGCGGAGAUCGUACGUUGAUGUUGACAGAGACUACAUGAAGAAUCCAAUGAUGAUGGAUAAGCUGGCCGAGGAGCUGGAAGGAGACUGGGAGGAUUUGGUGGUGAGAGACGGACUGUUGGACCCCGCCGCUAACUACACGCUGUUCGUGGAGCUCAUACCGGGCAGCGAGCACGACGAGCCCAUAUACAGCGAGUACGUGAACGUGCUUCAGCCCGCACCGACGCCUCGCCCCUCCACCACCUCUACGCUGGAGAUAGCCCUGCUGGCAACGUGUGUGUGCGCCGGCGUGGCAGUGUUGGUAAGCGGCGCGCUGUGCGUGAUGCAGUCUAGGUCCUCGCGGAAGACGCGGCGACACCUGGAAUCCAACCCCAUCCAGGCAGCACUAAGGUAUGUGGUCGGAGGGCUGGGUGGGCGGCAGGGCACGCACCCGGUGCCUGAGAUGCCUCCCAUCCCGCAGCACGAGCUGGCGGCCGCGUACGCCGAACGGCAGGCUGACAGCGACUACGGAUUCCAGAAGGAGUUCGAGAUGUUGCCCGAGUGUUUCCCGGAGCGGUCGACGCACGCGUCCGAGGCACGCGAGAACCAGCCCAAGAACCGCUACCCCGACAUCAAGGCGUACGACCAGACGCGCGUCAAGCUGACGCCGCAAGACGGCGUGCCCGGCUCCGACUAUAUCAACGCUAACUACGUCAUGGGAUACAAGGGCGCUUCGGAUCUCAACCAGGAGCGCAAGAAGUUCAUCUGCGCGCAGGGCCCCACCGACACAACCGUGAACGACUUCUGGCGCAUGAUCUGGGAGCAGGGCCUGGAGCUGAUCGUGAUGCUCACCAACCUGGAGGAGUACUCCAAGGUCAAGUGCAGCAAGUACUGGCCGGAUGAGGUGCGCGGCGCACGCGCCUUCGGAGCCAUUACUGUGCAUCACGUCUCUGAGAAGAGAUAUUCGGAUUACAUUGUGAGGGAGUUGAGAAUAUCAAAACAGCCUGUUAACUCAGAAGGACAACCAAUUGUUGAAAAUAACGGAGUAGCUAAACGGAAUGGAGAUUGUGGUAUGAAUGAGACAACUGGCAGUGCUCCAACGUCCCCCCGCGAGCAGCUCAGAACAGAGUCCCGUGUGGUGCGCCAGUACCAUUUCCUAAUGUGGAAGGACUUUGCAGCGCCCGAGCAUCCACAUUCCAUUCUUAGGUUUAUUAAGCGCGUGAAUGAGGCGUGGUCCAUGUGCGUGUCGCGGUGCGCGCUGGUGCACUGCUCGGCGGGCGUGGGCCGCACGGGCACCCUGGUCGCGCUCGACUGUCUGCUGGAUCAGCUGCGGGACACGGCCGUGGCGCCCGUCGCCGCCACCGUGGCCGAGCUGCGCUCCCAGAGGAACUUCCUGGUGCAGUCGCUGAAACAGUACGUGUUCGUGUACCGCGCGUUGGUAGAGUACGCACACUACGGCGACACCGAGAUCCCCGCUUCCAAACUGAAGGUCACCAUCGACAGGCUGCGGAACACGCCCGAGGGCGCGGACAAGUGCCUCAUGGAGAUACAGUUCGAGAAGAUGAUGAAUCCUCCGGUGGCGGAGGCAAGUAAGUCCUGGUCGGCCGCGCUAGCCGAGGAGGUCCGCUCCAAGAACCGCUGCCAGGAGUGUCUGCCCUACGACCGCAAUCGCGUGAUUCUCGCGCCGCUGCCUACACGCGACUACUCCACCUACAUCAACGCGUCCUUCAUUGAGGGUUACGACUGCUCGGAAGGAUUUAUUAUCACCCAGGAUCCACUCCCCAAUACAAUCUUCGACUUCUGGCGCAUGGUCUCCGAACACGGUGUCACCACGAUCGUAAUGCUUAGCGAGUUGGGCGAUGGCAAGUGUCCUCGCUACUGGGACGACGGAACCGCGCAGUACGAGCACCUGGCACUGCAGUACGAGCAUAGCGAGUCCUGUCCCUACUACACGCGUAGGCACUUCACGCUUCUGGACAACAAGAGCGGCGAGCGCGUGCGCGUGCGGCAGCUGCAGUACCACGGCUGGCCCACGGCGGCGGGCCACGUGCCCGAGGUGACGCGCGGCCUGUGCGAGCUGGCGGAGCUGGUGCGCGACGAGCGGCCGCUGCUGGUGCACUGCGCGCGCGGGGCCGAGCGGGCCGCGCCGCUCGUGGCGCUGUGCGUGCUGGCGCGGCAGCUGCGGGCCGAGCGCCGCGUGGACGUGGCCGCGGCCGCGCGCCGCCUGCGGGCCCAGCGCCCGCACACGCUCGACACAUUCCUCCAAUACGAAUUCCUACACCGUGCCAUACUCAACUAUGCAGAACUGCACAAUCUUCUAGAAGACAGCUAAACUUCGAAUCUGCUUACAUGAACAUAAGCUCUAGUUUUCAGAUGAUUAAGCAACUGAUGGCAGCGUGUCCUAGAACGUUGGAUCAACUUUUAUAAGUGACUGAUAUUUGGAAGAAUACGGCCAGAUAGAGAUUGCGUGUUGCACUCAAUCAUAUCAUGAUUAAUUAAAACAUUAAAUAGUUGAUAAACAGAUUCAAAAACUGCUGCUACAAACGCAUUCAUUUUAACAUUUCCUUGACUUGUAUUAAUGAUGAAUGCUGCUACGAAAUUAAACUAAAACAAAUCAUUUUAUAACAUUUUAAUCUCUAUCUAGCCAUCCUAUAGUGGAAAUGAAGAAAUUAUUUAAACAAAUUGUGUUAAUUGACAGAAGUAGGUGCUUGAUAAAUUAUAUUCCAGUGUGCUUUCAGCUUCUAUAAGAAAGGUUAUGUUCAACAGUUCUCGAAUUAUUACUUUUGUAGAUUAGAUCUGACUAUCGUACAAAUUGUCUCUGAUUCUAUAUUCUAAUAGACAGACAAAGUAACGAGCUAUAUAUAUUUAGUUUGAAUUAUUUCUGUGUAUUCUUUUUGUAUAUGUGUAUCCGACUCGAAGGACCAAAUGCUCUUAAGGUUGGCUAUUUUGUGUUUACUAAACAGUAAUAGAACUUUAUGUACGUUGUACAUGUUUUUUUAAUAUUAUGUUUUUUGUUAGAUAACAUGCAACAAUUGCAUACGAAUUAUAUUAUAUUUUAUUUUUUCGACAGCAGCUAUAUCAAUCUGUCUAUUGGUGUAUAGCGAUUUGUUAUUUGUUAGUUAGGUAACGUGCGUAUUUAGAUAUAUUAGUAUGGCGAUGCCGCCUGACAGCGCUUGUUUACUGUAUGCAGGGCUUGGUGAUAUCUACAUAUAUCUCACAAGUUGUGAAUCAUAUUUUCAAGUUAUUAUAGAUUUUUUUUCAAAUUAAGCUUACGAAACUUUUGCAGUUAACAGGAAAUGCUUCUUUAAUUAUUUAAGCGGUGCAAGCACUUCACUACAAUUUUUUUUAACUAAUAAUAAUAAUAAUAAAUUCUUUAUUGCCAUAAAAAUCAUUACAAAUAUAAAAUAAAUAAUUAGGAUACGCGAUGAAACAAAAGGCAAAAGGAAAAGGCUCAGCUUCACCUGACACAGAAUCAUGGAUUUAUGUUUCCAUGCAGCGAUGUUUUGUUUUUCAGCCAUCCCCUCCUCCCUAAGGUGUUGAGAGGGAGUGGAUGUAUUGUGGCUCCCCGAUUACCUACUUAAGCUAUCUUUUUUUUUAUAAAAUGUAAUAUUAGAAAAAAAAUCUGAUUACCCUUGCAAGUGUAUGUAAGUGUGUGUGUAUGUAUGUGUGUGUUUAAGUAUGUGCAUGAGUGUGAGCGUGUGUUUAUGUCCGUACACAGAAAAAAUCUUUUAGAGAAAUAUAUUUCCAGUGGAAGUGGUUCAAUUUCUCCGCAGCAAGUUGCUUUUUUAGUAGAGCAAAACUAAUAUACCUGCUUUUCACAACGCGGUGUUAAGCUUGAAGAGUAAAACAAUUUAAUAAGGUAUCACUAACCUUGAGAUAUAUAUGUAAUCACGGAGCCCUGUAUACUAGCUUUGCGUUAUUAUUUAAUAGUUAAUAUUGUUGGUACACGACUAACACAAACAUGUCCAAAGAUUUAUGAAGAUUCUAUAUUAUGUAUUUAUUGUGGAAGAAUCAGCCGCCACGCGUGAGCGGUUACUGUUCGGCUAAAAUGAUCCCAAGCACAAAUGAGGUGAGUGCAUACUUUCGUAUGGUUUGUUUGUAAAUAGUUUUUAUACUGUUGGAGUGACGCAUAUUCUUUAAGGUUGUAUUUCGAUGUAUGGAGAGUAAAUAUGAUUACAUCGUGCUUAUGAUACAGAAAGCUGUGCCAUUAAAGACAGGCGUUUGAAUUUCGGAACAUUGUCGGAAAGCGGGCAAAACCGCUUUUUUUCUCUCAUAUCUGCUAUAUUCUACUUGAAUUUCAAAGUCCAUUCUUUAUUGGCUCGGCUUUUUCUGUCAAGCGUGUCAUCAAAUGUAUGAAAUCAUUUUUUGUAAUGUAUUAGUAAAAUUGCGCAAGUAUGCACUGCACUGUAACACAGUGUAUAUUAUAAACUAUUAGUGGUCCGAUGAAAUGAGAUCGUUCGAUUGAAGCAUCCAAAAUUUACUCGAACGUAACUAAAAAAAAUAAAUGUACAAUCAAAACCGAUUAUACUUUUAAUGAAGAAUAUCAUGAAAUUGAAUGAAUUCAUUUCUACUGUAUGCUCUAUUAAAAACGAAAUAAAUCGGUAUUUAAAUUAUAGCAACAAAUAUGGUACGACUUUAGUUUCUGAAAUUUUAAGCUUGCCUAAGCGCUGUCUGUGGAGCAGGAUGGCUAACUGCUGAGACAUCACUAGUACUCACUCUUAAAGUUAUUCCAAGAAAUAGCCAAAAUAGCGCAUAAUUGAAACCACUUCUUGAUAUCUAUAUAAAGCUUAUAUUUUUACAAAUAAUUAUUAUAUAUCUACAGAGUAUGAGAAGAAAAUUAAUUUUUUUAUAUAAAAAUAGACCAAAAGUUAAGUUUCACGUUAUUUAUAUCACCGCCAUUGGUGAUUUUGUUUUGUUGCAUUAUCUCUAGAGCUCACUCUUAAGGGAUUCUUUCUUGCUAGUUAUUUUUAUCACUGUUAUCGUUAUCAGAAAUGUAGAUAUUUUGACUAGCUCUUCUUCUUUCUUUCUUCGACUCGCAUCAAAGCUUUCUUAUAUAAUGUUGUCCUAUUGUUAGCACUCUAGACCUGGCACCUUGUCAGUACAUGCCUAUUCCCAAACCACCGCUAUAUUAAAUUGAAAUUAAGUUAAUUAAUUAAGUAAAUUAAAACGACACGCAGAGUAUCAUAAAGUCAGAUUUUAGUAUACUAUAUUACUAACAGAAUGUGAAUCCACUCAAUUGACAGCUAAUAGUUUAUUACACUGUGCCUUUAUAAAAAUUUUCGAUGUAUUUUACUUUUUUAUAUAUAUACGACGAGUCGUCUCGUCUUUACGACUGUUUAUACCUUAGAUAGGAUAAGUGUAUCUAGAUUUUGUAUGAACUAGGUAGGUGUGUCACUGUGAUGUUAUAGAUAGUACAAUAAUAUGUGGCGUGCGUUGGUGUCACUUCGGAUGGAUAAGGUACGAAAUGACUACAACAAACACUGAAAACUUAAUAAAUAAAGCAUUUUACAUAUGAAAUGGGAUGUCUAUGAAAUAGUGAUAUAAGAAUAGGAGAAUGAAUUUAAAAUUUGCAAAUUUUUUACUUUUUUAUAAUUUUAUAACUGACAUGAAAAAUUUAAAAAACCUAUUAAGGAGCGACAAGAUCUAAGGAAGCAUGCGUAUUAUUAAAGAAGUAUUAUUUAAAUUAAUCGAAUUGUUAGGCUUUUAAUUAUAAAAAAUCAAGUGUUAAUUGUGUCAAACUCAAAAACCUUCCAAUAUCUUAAUAAAUAACAUAAUGAUUAUUAAAUGUUAUAAUUUUCUAAAUACUACUAUAGUUCUAUUAAUAAAGUAAAGUAUUUCAUUGAUUUAAUCGCAUUUAUGUAAGUAACGUCUAAUUAUUAAUAUCAAUCCAUUCCAUUAUUCAUAUUAUCAUAUUUCAUUAUAUCAUAUUUAGUUGGCGCAAACUAGGAUAAAUUUCGGUCAAUGACCCUGUACUGUCGCACUCACCUACAAUCAAUUUCCCGUUUCACUCGGAAACCGCGCCCUCGGGUCACUUUCCGUAAUUACUCUUGACUCUCGAUUAAUAAAUAUUGUGCUAUGUCCGGAUAAUAAAUAUAUUUGAACAGUUAGUACAAUAGUUAGCUAUAAUAUUAUUUAUAGCAUCACAGUUACACUUCAAUACUAAUUGUAUAAAAUAUAAGCUAAGUAACUUAGUGUUAGCGUUUCUGACAUUCGAUAUUUUUUUUUUACUAGACCAAAAGAAAAAGAAAAUAAUAUAACAUCCAAAUCAAAAAUUCUCUAUUAAUUUUACUUUAGGUAUUUAAUGUUAUGGUUGUUGAAAGCGUAGUGCCAUUUUAAGCAUUGUUAAAUUAUGGCGCGUCUUUUGACGUUUACAAUCAAAUAAAGCUGUUAGUUUUGCCGCCAUUUUUUUUAAUGUUCGUGUUUUAUGAACUGCCAUUAGGAGUACAUAUUACGGAUGCACCGGACUUGCACGUGUCUCCGGCGCUUAAUGAGGCUCUCUUCCUAUCUUAAGUCAUAAUAUGUUUGUUAUUAGUGCGAAAAUAUUAUGUCAAAUAGACAUUAUUAUACCGGGAAUUUAAAUUUAAAUAGUUUAUUAUUAUUUAAUAUCGUAUUCCAGAAAUUGUGUCAAAUUUAUUUUACAAUCUGAAUUGUUUUGUGUACAAUAUUAAUUGAAUGUAGUUUCAACUUUUACUGCUUUUGAGUUAUGUCUUUUUUUAUUGCAUGCUUCAUUACAUUUUAAUGAUCUCUUGAAUUGUGUUCAAAUUUGUCGGUUAAUAUUUGAUGUUGGCGUGUAAAUGGUUACAUCAAAAUAUUAUUAUUAAAGUAAACAUUAACACGAGAUAAGCCACCUUCACUUUCUUAAUAUCUGCCACUGUAACACGUAUUUAAAUAAUUAUUGAUAUAUAAUAGCUUGAAACCGGCUUUAAAUUUAACGUUUAAAAUCGAUUAUAAUCGGUUUUUAUGUGUUAUAUCUUUGGGAAGUUUUACUUGGAGUUACCGGUUAGUUCUGGAAGAGUUGAAACAAGGUGAGUGUAGACCGCAAACUCGUUUCGUGCGGUGUUAUUAAACAAGUAUUAGGUAAAUAUAUAUAAAAUUGAAACAGUGCUCGCGGCAAUGACUCGUUUUAAGCCAUUUUUUUCGGUUUUCAAGUAUUUUAAUGUGAGUUUGCAGCCAUAUUUUACACACUAUUCGUCGCAUGUUAACCGGCCCUUAUCGGGGGACUCGUGCAAGUGCCGGAAGAGACUGAACAUUCGUGUGUUUAGCGUAAGCGACUGUAGUUAAGAUUUUAUAUGAAACAUAGUUCAUAAGUAACUUAUAUUGAGCGAUAGUUGCGUAGAAUGGAACAGUUAUGUAUUUAUGAAUUAUAUUUGGCUGAACUAUGUAUUUAAAUUAAAAAGUAUCUCCUGAAAUUGAAACUUUCGUUUCCGUUUCUCUUAGAUUGAACUGGCGUCAAAAUAUUUCUGAAGCCAUGAAUUGUAAUUGAUAAUGUUUCAUUCUACGCACCGUCGUCUAGGAGUUCAAAUUUGUGGAUCGCUUUUGUGUAAUCAAUGUUGGAACUUGGUUAGGUGUUGUUGCGUUCCUGCGAUAAUCAUGAAUACAAUAUUGAUCGGUUCGAAGGACCAAUUUUUUUUUUCGCUAACUAAAGCGAACGUUCCUCACAAGCUAACCUUGCAAUUUCGGUAUCUGUCUUUAAGGUUAUUUUCUACGUCUAUUAAUACACUUCUUCAACUGCUGAAGAAGCUAAAGCAGAAGAAUUUAACGCUGUUUGUAAUUUGACAAAGAAAUACUAUAAAAAUGAAUGUAUGACAAAUAUUAGUGCGACUCACUAUUUCGUCGUUAAGCGUUGACAAUUAAAUUUAAAAGCUGUACAUUUACGACUAAUCCUAGUAUUAAAAAUAAGGAAAAAACCAAUUAAUGGUCAUUUCCAACUUGAUAAUUUUGUCUUAGGAUUUGUUUUAUUUUGAAUAUAGAAGUUUCAAAUGGAUCACGAAAACAUAUCUACGUCAAUAAAUGUUGAGUUACGAAACGCGGUAACACUACUUGCUAUUUUUCAAUACAAACGAUCUUGACUCGUUUUUAACCCCAGACCAAAUAAGAUCAAUAUCUUUGUUUUGAUAUUUUUGUCUCUAGAUACUUUAAAAAGUGUUUAUAAGCUUAAUGACAUAAGAAGCGACAAAAUGGAAAAGGGUAUCACAGAGUGUUAGAUUUUAACUGCAGCUCCCGACUCUUAUUUGGAAGCCGCUGUUGUCUCUAGCCGAACCUAUUACUGUGUCUCGCCUGCGUGAGCGCGACGGAAUCUUGUUUUAGAAUUGCUUAAUCUAAAAAAGGCCUCGGAUAAUAUAGCACCAAUGGGAGGCUCCUUUGCACAGGAUGCCGACUAGAUUAUGGCUAGCACAACGGCGCCUGUUUCUACUGUGAAGCAGUAAUGUGUAAACAUUAUUGUGUUUCAGUCUGAAGAGCACCGUAGCUAGUGAAAUUAGUGGGCAAAUGAGACUUGACAUCUUAUGUCUCAAGGUGACGAGCGUAGUGUAAUUGUAGUGCCGCACAGAAUUUUUGGGUUUAUUCAAGAAUCCUGCACUGCAGCGGCACUGCAGUUGUAAUUUGCAGGGCGUAUCAAUUACCCAUCAGCUGAACGUCCUGGUUGUCUCGUCCCUUGUUUUCAUAAAAAAACAAAUUUCUUCUUAAGCGCACAGUGGUUGGAAAAUAACCGGUACAUAUCUUACACACCUUAACCUUGUUUUGAAAAUCAUGAUUAUCGCAGAGGACGUAGUGAUAUAAUUCUCACUAAAAAUAUUGCUUGGGCUGAACAGACGGUAAAACACGAAUUAUGUGUUAGCGUAUUCCGAUCAAGCAGUCUAACUCAACCCUAAUAUCACGCUUUACUUUUGCAAUAAGAACUCGAAGGAUGAUUUUUAAAUAGUGCUAUUAAAUAUAUGUUAAUUCCUUUAACGCGAUAUUUAUUAGUAAAAAAUCCUGAUAACAUUUUUAAAUGGAGUGCCUAGUUUUUAACCGACUUUGAAAAGGAAGGAGGUUCUCGAUUCGAUUGGUAUUUUUUUAUGUAUGUACACCAAUUACGCUGAGAUUAAUAUAGUAUAAAAUAACUUAAUAAGGAUUUAAUUUAAUACACCUCUAAUACAAACCUUACACCUUUAAUAUUAAUCAAAUACUAGUAUUUGUAUGUGCUACCUAUUGAUAGGUUUGAUGUCGGUGCCAAGCCAAAUGUAAUGGCAGGUACCUACACUCGCCACGCGUGACUUUAAGCGGGAUAGCUUCGUCUAGAACCAAACAACCCAAUCGGGCAGCCACCGACGUAAACCCUAUUAAUAGGUAGCAUGAACAAAUAAUAGUAUUUUAUUAAUAUUAAAGGUGUAAGAUUUGCAUUAGAGGUGUAUUAAAUUAAAUAUUUAUUAAGUUAUUUUAUACUUUUCAGUUUUCGAAGUCGGUUUUUUAAACUUAGUUUUUUUAGUUCAAAAUUGCAAUAGAAUACUCGACUUAUAAGUAAUAUAGGCAGCCAAUUCACCUUUGUUUAUAAGCAUACUCGUAUAAAAGGCGCUUAUUGUAAUGUAAAUAUGAUAGUUUAAGGCGCACAUAUUGUAGAUUUACUCCAUUCAUUAUGAAUGCGACAGCGAUUAACGUAUUGAUUUUGUUUUUAUUUUUGUACAUAGAUAAUGCAGGUCAUGUAAUAUGAUAUUUUUGAAAAUAUACCAGUAUUUAGA